GAGAUCGCCAGCCCUGGAAUGUAAUGUCUGUGCGAAAACUCCCGUUCGGUUCGUCGUCGUCGGUGGUUGUUGGUAUUGCUCGAACGUUCGCAAAAAACUGUUGGAAAUAAUUGUUGGAUAUAAGUUUUGUGGCAAACUGAGCAAAGUUUCAUUAAUUGUGGCGUGCUGAGUGCUAACUAACGCGUGCAAUAUGUAUUUUUUGGCAUUGCUUGCGUUCAUUGGAAAUGCCAAAGAUGGAAAUGCGGUGAGCUCGAGCCUGAUCCCCGGCGGCUCCUGCCGCGACUACAAUGGAAAGAUGUACGAGACUGGCAUGCACUAUAUGCCAGGACCGGACUCAUGUCGCCUGUGCAUCUGCGACAGCGGACUGCCCAAGGCGUGCAAGAUGGUGCUGUGCGAGGCGUUUAGCAAGUGCAAGUCCUUCCAGACGGUGGGCAGUGGCAACAACUGCUGCGAGGUGAUCUGCCUGGACGACCAAUUCAGCGAUGGGAGCACCGACUUCGGCAUUUGACUGGUGGCCAGUGGCAUCACGGCCACGCUGUCCUUGUCGCUGCUGUUCUUUCUGGUGAAUCGCCUGAGGCAGCGAAAGAUGCGGGCGCGGGAGAAUCGCCAGAAUGCCGAGGACCAGCGCAGUAUUGUGGGCAGCAUAGGCUACAUAGCCGGGAACAUGGGUUACAUGGAGGGUAAUCUGAGUGCCAUUGAUUAUUCCUAUAGCGGCGCCGCCACCCACUAUCCCUUGUGGAAGCCGCAUUUUCCGCGUGGUGAGGCUCCCCCGCCGUACGAGGAGGCUGUGGCCAUCUCCCAGGCGGAGGCCCUUAGUGCCCAGUGCACCGUCAGCCUGCCGGCGAGUUCCCAGCGAACGGUAGCCACAGUCAGCCAACAGCAACAACAGGCGGUGGCCCAGGCACAAGCCCAGGCUCAAGCUCAAGCCCAAGCGCAAGCCCAGCAACAGCAACAGAUCCAGGCCCAGGUGCAGGCCCAUCAGCAUCUCCAGCAGCACACUCUCCAGCUGCACACUCAGCCGCAGCAGCACCACCAGCCAUACAGCCAGCAGCUGGUGGCCCAUCCGCAUCCACAGCAUCCACACUCCACGGCCAAUGUGCUGCCCCAGUCAAACCAGUAUACACAGAGCACCACCAACUUAAUUAACAUUAACAUCAAUAGUGGCGGGGUGACUACAAUAGCCACCGGGGAGAAUCACCAGCCGCCUUAUAGCCUGCAAAGUGAUCACCAACUCAGUCUGGAACAGCAGCAGCAGCAACAGCAACAGCACCAGCAGCAGCAGGCGCAGCAGCAUCUUAUACAGCCUCCUGUCAGCAGUGGAUCCAUUUGCCUCCAGGCGAUGCCCAAGCCGCCAGUCUCCGCCGAGUGCAGUUACAAGAACUGCCAUCUAAACAUUAGCGCCAGUGUUACUACUGCGGCGGCCAGCUCCAGUUCGGCGGCUUAUACGGCUGGCCGAAGGACAACUCCCCGGGGAUCCCAGGAGUUGCUUCAUCAGUUGCCGCAGCAGCAACAGCAACAGCAGCAACAGUAUCUAACCGUAGCCGAUGUGGAGAUAAAUGCUAGUGCCAGUGCCGCAAGUUAUCAUACCCUGCCAGCCGGUAGUGGGGAACUUAUGGCCACACCCACACACUCCCAAGUAUUGCAGCAUCAACAACAGCAGCACCAGCAGCAGCAGCAGCAGCAACAACAACAACAACAACAACAACAACAACAACAGAUGCUGGCGGCCAUAUCCUCGCCGGGCAUGGAGAUACUGCAGCCAUUAGAGAUAGCCACAAUAUCGUCGGCACCUGUAUGCAGCACAGCGGAUUCGGUGACCCAGACCACACAGAUGCCUCUGCACGGAACGCUGAAGAACAGCCAGCCACAGCAGAUAAGCAAGACACCCUCCAGUUCGAGGCGCUAUCACCGCACUAUUCCUCGCUAUUUCGCCGUUGCCGACCCUCUCCAGCUGAAACCCAAGACCAGCAGUAGUGCCACAUCCACUGGUGAUAAGCAGCAGGGCAGUAAGAAGCCCAUGUGCCAGUGCCCUAUCCAGCACGUGCCCAUGUCGUAUAUGGGCAGCACGGCCAACGCGAAUGCUUUCUUGAGCGGAGCCGGCAAACUUUUCGCCGGUAACUCGAGCAGCAGCAGCACCUCAACACCGACCUGUUCCCUGUCACCGGGAGCGGUGGCAACCGGUGGAGUUCGGCAUGCGGCCACCUUGUCCUACGGGCAACGAGCUAAGUCCUCGACGAACCUGCAGGCGCAGGAUCUGAUAACGGCAGCUGCUUCGGGUGGUGGAACUUUGAGACGAAGUGGCUGUGGACACGAGCCCAAGAUAGCCACCAUCUCCAAGCAGGUGGGCGAUGAGACGCAUCAUGGCCAUACGGCAUCCAGCGGUGGGGUCAAUGUGUCGGCUAUUAUACCCCCGCCCCCGCUGCAGCAUCCCGAAGAGGUGUCUGCCCCGCCAAUUGUCCUGGGUCGCGUGCAAAAGCGAUCCUCUAGCAAUUCUGCCGAAAGGGGAAGGAGCUCCAGCGGAGGAGGUAGUGGCGGACGCAGUGUGUCUAGCGGCAGUGGUGGCGAUUCCCUCUCCAGCGUCUAUUUGAAUAGAAAGGUUGAUGCUUACUUGAGUUUGACGCAGAAACAGCAGCAACAUUUCUUUAACCAGCAAAAUCAGCAGCAGCAGCCAGAUCCGAGCAAUCCGACUUUACCACCGAAACUCUACAAAAGCCUAACGAAUUUAAAGAGCGCCACCGUGGUGGGCACAUCCUCGUCCUCCUGCUCGUCCGGCAGCGGGAACAACAACGCCGUGGCCACCAUUUACACGCUGAGCAAGCCGGCGACCAGUGGCCAGCGCAAGGAGCAGACUCCCUCGCUGACCCUGCCGCCGGCCAGCCCUGCCGCAGGAGCUGGAGAGAAGCUGGCCAGCGGCAAGAUCAACUCGAGCACCUUCUAUCCGUUGGCCAACCACGUGACCUACACCCUGCCCAAGCACAUCAGCGGCAAAGUGUCGUUGAACAGCACCAUCAACAGUGUGGUCAGCAAGGUGCCCUCGGUGAUCAGCAUUCCGCCGGUGGAGAACAACAAUCCGGGUGGCCAGACCGGAGUGCCGGCCAAGAGCACCACACUGCCAAAGAUCCUGCGCGUGAAACGGGACACAUCAUCGGGAUCGGGAGGAGGAGGGACUGCCACCGGUCUGGCGAUUGCCCACUGCCAAAUGCCCAGUUACCCGCUGACGACGAAGGCCACCACCGGAGGAGGAUCCAGCGGACGGUCGCCCAGCAAACAGCUACCCGUGUGUACCACCUCAAAGAACUGCCUGAACCCCAAGGAGCACUUCCUGCCCAACGACACCAGUCUGGACGAUGACUACCUGAGCGAGUGCGAGAACUGUAAGAUUGCGCAGAGCGCCAAGUACUACUUGGAUGCGGAAAUGAGCGGAGGCGGCGGCGGAUCCGCAAACUCGCACCAAGAGACGAUGACGCUGCAGCGGAAGUCGCUGGAGGAGACCAAGGAGGAGCCCAUGGAAAGCUACUACCGCAGCUCGCACACUCUGCCCAGCAAUGCAAAAAAGCAUGGCAAGAAUAACAACCGGGAGAAGUGGCAGGUCUCGACGAUUCCAGCUGCGAGCUCGUCGGAUGAGGACAUCAACGAAUGAGAUUUAAGCCAUUUUCUUUAAGAUGCCCGAUCCCCGGCCAGAAAAGCAUCCUAAAGAAAACGCAGGCUCCAAAACCACACGACACCCAACUCCCCGCCCUCGGAAGGCUAAUCAACUUAGGUAACCAACCAAUUGCUGCUGCAACGAGAGAUAGAUCCUGUAUAUAAGAAUAUUAAGCGUUUAACCGUUUACUGCAUAAAAUCGUGUCAUUAAAUAUUUGUAGACGGUAACCAACUGAUUGUUAGAUUUAACCAUGACUAAUGAUACUCAACCCAAAAGCGGCAUAUAAAUCUGCGUGUUUGUUAUGCACCUGUAUAUCUUUGUACGUAUGUAAUUGAAUCUGUACCAUACGAUAUGAUAUGAAACGAUAGAAUAAGCAAAGUUAGAGCGGGCAUAAAAUCAAUUAUAACCAAUGCAUUAUGAAGAUAUUAGCGGAACUGUUGAAUACUUAGCGUAUAUGAAAUUGAUCAUUAAGAUGUCAAACCCUACUGCCAUCUGCCAUUUUGCCAACGUUAACUGUCAAUAACUGUGUAUGUAUGUAAUAUUUAAAUAAUGAAUGUAAGAAAUUAAAGUUUUAUAUACAACUAGAGGAAGCUGACCAAAAUUCAACGUAUUUUCCCUGCUGCUCAUCCCCAAAAUGCACCCACAUU